UCUUUUUAUGCACACAUGUCGUUUUGCUAAAAAAGCUUGGCAAACAAUUUAAUGGGCUGUGAAUUUGUGAAUCAAAAGGAAAAACAAAACAAAGUAAAGCAUGGGAAACCAUAAGAAGUGACGUAUUCUAUCACAAAUUACAUCCGGAUUCCACAAUAUGAUGUAUUUAAACUUUGCACCAUCUGCUAUUCAAAAGCGGAAAGGGAAAUAUUAUUUACAUACACCUCACCGGGUCGGCAUUAAAGAGGACCGUAUGAGAACGGAGACUAUAUAAGAUAUAGGUAGACUUAUCAAUUUAGUUUUUCAUAUUAAUUGAAAAGGUUUAGACAUCAAAAUAGUUGUCAAAGUUUGGCGUGGAUUUUAUAGAUAUGAAUAAUCUUCUUCGCUUCAUUUUGAUCCUCGUUUUAUCAUCUCUGUUUGUGCAAGGAAGACAUAUUACUAGAAGAAAUGUAAUCUUAUCAGACUGCAAGAUUUUAAAUUGUCCGCCAUCAUAUAUCCCCAUCUGUGCCGACGAUUAUAGAACAUACAAUAAUUUAUGUGAACUGCAAAACGCGAUGUGUCGGACGCAACAAUACAUACGAGUGCUUUCAUUUGAACCGUGUUUUUGAUAGUAAUGCUGGUUGCCAUCGAAACUUCAGAGAGGUGGAUGAAUUUACAUACGGUAAAAAUAAAAACAAAGUAAAUUUUGAAAAA